AACAGAAGAAGUUGAAAAAUUACAUAUAAAAGAAUUAUAAAAUGUAAUAUAAAAACAAAGAGAACAAUUAUUAGAAAAAGAAAACUAAAAUACACUAUAAUUAAAUGUGAAAUAUUAAUAAAUAAAAAUGUUAGAAGAAGAUAAUAACAAAAGAGUGUAAAAUUUAAUUUUCGAGUUUAAAAAUGAAAAAAAUGAAAUAGAAAAUUUAAACGAGAAAAUAUUUUAAUUAAAUCAAGAAAAUAAUUAAUUAAAAUAAAAUUUAAAUGAACAAUAAACUUAGUUCGAAAGUUUUCUAAAAAGCAAGGAAAUACAAAUUAAAAACCUUAUAGAAUAAUAAAACAAACAAUAUAAUUAAGAAGAUAAGAACCUAACCUCUUUAGUUUAAUAAAAUUAAAUUUUAAAUGAAUAAAUAUUGUAAAUUUGUAAUGAAAUUGUUAUUAAAGACCAACUUUUAGCCCAAUAAACUUAAGAUAUUAAUUCCUUUAAAUAAAUUAUUGAAGAAAAUUAAAUUUUAUUUAAGAACUAAUAAUAACAAAUAUAAAAUUAGUAAAGCAUUAUAGAAAAACUUCAAGAAAAUAUGCAAUAAAAAAAUUUAAUUCAAAAUUAAGUCUUUGAACUUUAAGAACAAAUUCAGUUUUUAAAAUUAUAAAAAAACAAGGAAUUAGACUAACAUUAGAGUGAAGAAAAUAACCUUAAAAAAGAAUUUAAUGAACAUAUCUAAAAAACAAACGAAAAAUACGAAAAAAAAUAUUGAUUUUAUAAGAGGAAAUUUAAAAGGAAAAAAACGAUAUAUAAAAGGAAAAAAACGAUAUAUAAAAGGAAAAAACCGAAAUUUAAAAGGAAAAAACCGAAAUAUAAAAAGAAAAAACCGAAAUAUAAAAGGAAAAAAACGAAAUAUAAAAGGAAAAAAACGAAAUAUAAAAGGGAAAAAACGAAAUAUAAAAGGGAAAAAACGAAGUUUAAAUGGAAAAAGAACAAAUUCUAUCUACUUAGAAAUAAAUUCAAAAGGAAAGUGAAUAAAUUCUAGUUAAAUAGGAAGAAAUUUAAAGCGAAAAAAACGAAAUAUAAAAGGGAAAAAACGAAAUAUAAAAGGGAAAAAACGAAGUUUAAAAGGAAAAAGAGCAAAUUGUAUCUAUUUAGGAAUAAGUUUAAAAGGAAAUUUAAAAGGAAAAAGAACAAAUUAUAUCCAUUUAGGAAGAAAUUAAAAAGGAAAGAGAAUUAAUUCUAUCUAUAUAGGAAUAAAUUUAAAGCGAAAAAGAAAAAAUA